GGCGCGCGCGGGGCCAGGGCUCGCGCCCCCCUCAGGUUGUGCCCCCCCCCCCCCCCCCCCCGCGCGCCCCCUCAGGCCGCCAUGGCCACCCCGCCCAAGCGCAGCCGGCCCGACGGCCGCCCCAAGAAGGUCGCCGUGGAGGGCAACAUCGCCGCGGGGAAAUCCACCUUUGUCAGUAUCCUGAAACAAGCCAGCGAGGAGUGGGAGGUGGUUCCCGAGCCUGUCGCUAGAUGGUGCAAUGUCCAGCAAAGCUCUGGAGACGACUGUGAGGAGCUGAGCACGUCGCAGAGGAGCGGCGGGAACGUGCUGCGCAUGAUGUACGAGAAGCCGGAGCGCUGGGCUUUCACCUUCCAGACGUACGCGUGCCUCAGCAGGAUCCGGGCGCAGCUCGGCGCCCUGGAGGGCAAGCUGCAGGACGCGCAGGACCCCGUGGUGUUCUUCGAGCGCUCUGUCUACAGCGACAGGUACAUCUUUGCUGCCAAUUUAUACGAGUCUGACUGCAUGAAUGAGACUGAGUGGACAAUUUAUCAGGACUGGCACGACUGGAUAAAUAAACAGUUUGGCUCGAGGCUGGCACUGGAUGGGAUCAUUUAUCUCCGAGCCACUCCUGAGAAAUGCUUGAAUAGGAUUUACUUGCGUGGAAGAGAUGAAGAACAAGAAAUCCCCGUUGAAUAUCUGGAGAAGCUUCACUACAAACACGAAAGCUGGCUGCAGCACCGGACACUGCGAACAGAUUUUGACUAUCUGCAGGAAAUUCCGAUUUUAACGCUCGAUGUUAACGAGGACUUCAAAGGCAAAAAGGACAAGUAUGACCACAUGAUUGAAAAGGUCAAGGAAUUUUUGAGCACGUUGUAAUCCUCUUUGAAGUGCAGAGGGCAAACCAUUCCAAACUUCUGUGUGAUCAAAGUCUCAAGUGCAGCUUCUUCCUCCUUUCAUAGGACGCCUCUGGAGAGGCAUGGCUCAGUCCUGGUGAUUUGGUUGUGAGGAACAAAUAAACUCUGUGAAUGGGGAAAUGAUUAAUUAAAUCGGUACGUCUGUUCGGUAUAAUGUGAAGUAACAGAUCCUGAGGAGACAAGGAUUCUGAGCACUGCCAAACGCUGUCCCACUUUUUGAUCAGACCACUGAGUUCUAGACUAUUUUAUAGAUGUUUGUAAUUUAUUUUGUGCCCAGCUGCUGUUUAAUUUUGAAGCAGGUAGCUGUUUUUUAGAUUCUUCAGUGCUUGAAUUUGUAAUGGAUGUUUUCUUGUUCCCAGGAAGUAAAAGGUAAAAAUUAUUUGUACUGCUGAGGGAAUUUUAUUAUAACCUGGAAUUUUAUGUUUUAAGGUACACAAACCUGUUUUCUGUUGCUUUUGAUAGCAGCUUUUUGUAGAAUACACUGAAUGAAGUGCAAAUGUGAAAUUCUCUGUAUAGCAGGUCAAUUUUUAUAUCUAUUUUUAUUAGGCACUGCAAACCAGGAUAUUGGAGGCUUUUUGUUACCUGGCACAUUUGGACCUUUUUAACCAGUUUUUUUUUUUUUUUGCUUUUCUGAAAAAGCAAAGUGCUGUUUUUGUUGCUGGUCAGUCCUGUUCUUCUAGAGAGGAACAUAUUUAUUUGCUUGGUACUGCACUGGGCAGAAGGGCAUUUUGCAAACAGCCUCCAUCUGCAAAUGACGUGUUGCUAAACCAUCCCAUAAUCGCAUUAGGGAUGUGAGAGGUGGCUUCCUGCCUUUGCUCCAGCUGCUCCAUGUGUUCACUGCGCCUUCUGGGUGCUUAUCCCAGAUCCUGCACUGUUGGAAGUAGGUUCUUUGGUCUUACCUGCUUGGAGUAAGAAGGGGAGAACUGUGUGGAGUAGCUGCUGCCUGAGCCUCUUGUUCCAGGUGCAGAAAACAAACGUCAGGCACAGCAUCUCAAUUGCUGGGAUUUGUGAGCUGCUUUGUUCUGCUUUUAAACCCUUCUGAGUUCACAGUCGGCUUUGGAAGGCAACAUUUUAUUGUAAAGCUUUGUAUUGUCUACCGUGGUGCUUCUGCUCCCUGCUUGUUGGAAAUGAGAUUUCUUCCUUUAUGGCUGGAGUUGUGCUGGCAUUCUCUAACCAUUGGCUGAAAAAUAAAAGUGGUUGGAAAGAC